AUGGAGAACCAAACUGACUUUAUUUUGCUUGGACUUUCCAGUGAUCCUCAACUACAGAUUUUCUUUUUCUUGAUCUUUUCAAUCAUUUUUCUAAUCACAGUGUCAGGAAACCUCACAAUCAUUCUGAUAAUCAAAAUAGAUCCUUCUCUCUGUGUACCCAUGUACUAUUUUUUAUCUCAUUUGUCCUUUGUUGAUAUGUGUUACUCAACUAAUAUUGUUCCUAAAAUGUUAAUGAAUUUUCUUAUGAAGCAAAAGACUAUUUCCUUCACUUUCUGCAUUUUACAAAUGUUUUGCACCCUUCUAUUAGGCGUCACAGAGAUUUUCCUACUGUCAGCAAUGGCAUAUGAUAGAUAUGCCGCAGUGUGUCACCCACUUCAUUACAUAAUGAUCAUGAAUAAAGCAAUAUGCACUUACUUAGUUUUAGGAGCAUGGCUAAUAGGCUUGCUAUCUGCAACAAUAAACACAGUGCCUAUUUUGAAGUUACACUUCUGUGGAAACCAUGAAAUUAAUCACUUCAGCUGUGAGCUUCCUCCAUUAUUGAAAGCAUCCUGUUCUGAUAUUUUUCUAAGUAAUGUGAUCCUUUUGUCUUUUGCUGCAAUCUGUGGACUUGGUUCCUUCUUACCAACAUUGGUCUCUUAUGUUCAUAUAAUCUCCACCAUCAUGAAGAUCCAUUCUGCAGAAGGUAGAAGUAAAGCUUUCUCGACAUGCAGUUCUCAUCUUAUUGUAGUAGGUUUACAAUAUGUGACAGGAAUGUCCCAGUACAUGAAACCCAGCAAUGUUUCCUCUGUUACACUGGAUGAGAUUAUCUCUGUUCAAUAUAACAUUUUGACCCCAAUGCUCAAUCCAAUUAUCUAUAGUCUAAAAAAUAAGGAAGUGAAGAGAGCACUUAAAAGACUGAUCAAUCCAAUAAAUAUUUGA